GUACUGUACCAUCACGUUUUGCGGCCAAGAAAUACGCCCGACUGCAGAUUUGGUUCGGCAGCAUCUAAGCUUAUCUACAGCUGCUCAGGGAAGUACACACCCGUCAGUGACACGAGCAGUAUGAGCUGUUGCUCCUGGAAUAAAGUGGACCUCUUAUGUGAGGAAGAGACAGAAUUAAACGGAAGAGAUGACAUACCAUGGACAACCCUGGAGAAGGGCACACAAACCGAAAAGAUUCUAGUAUCAACUGAGGGUCCUUUGCAAGAAACCUAUAAUGCUGCCGAAAGUAACAAUCGUUGGGUUUUCGGUGGAACACCAUGCACAUCAGCAGAUAUCUUCCACAUUGAAUCUGAUCGAAAUGGGACUGCCAUAAAAGCCGAGGACAGUGGAAGAUAUCUGUCACUUCACAUUGAUGGUGUGGGAGUUCCAGACACUGUCCCCACUUUCACAUCUAGUGCACCCUCUGGUUCUUCCACUGCAAGCAUAAAGGGAUCUUCAGUUACACUCACUAAGUUUGAGCGUAGGGAUGAGAAUGGAAGGACUGCCUUUGGUUUCACUAUAAGUAGUGGUGAUCCAGUGAGGAACUUCAAGUACUACUUUGUUCCUGGACCUAACCAGAUUGAAGUAAUGGAAACAUCCCAACCGCAAUAUGUUUUUAAUCUUUUAGCCUAAACAAAACACCCAGAUAGGGUUGAAAACUGUAGGCGUGUUCUUCUCAACAUAGCGAUACUUUAAUGUUACCAUUAGUUUUUGACGUUUCUGUUUGUUAGCUACAUCUGUAUGUUAAGAAGUGUAGUAAGGAAUAUCCUCCGCGUCUCG